UCAGAUGGUGUGGUGGCUGUACCUGUCCGGGCUGGUGCUUGCCGUGCUCAUCCCGGCCGGAGGGCAGGUGGCUCCCAAGGACCUGGAGGAGCUGUCCAGAUGGAAGCUGUUGGGAGCCCAGAACUCCCAGAGCUUCCUGUCCCACGUCAAGCGACACUCGGAGGGGACCUUCACCAGCGACUUCACGCGGUACCUGGACAGGAUGAAGGCCAAGGACUUCGUGCAUUGGCUCAUCAACACAAAGAGGUACAAUUAACAGCAAAUCCAGGCAGCAGCUCUCCAUCCACAUCCAUGUGGGAAGGUUGGGCCUCUCCUCAUCCGCCGGGAUCAGGAGCUCCACAGAAGGAUUCACCCAUCACCUGCAGCUCCUGGAUCCAGCCCAUGGCCCCUGGGAGCUCCACAGGAAGAAUUCACCCAUCACCCAUAGAUCCCAGACCCAGCCUGCGCUUCCUGGGAGCUCCAGGUGAUGGGUGAAUCCUUCCCCUGCCGCUCCCAAGCCCAGUCCAUGGUCCCUGGGAGCUCCACAGAAGAAUUCCCAGCCCCCAGACCCUGUCCAUAGUCCCAGAGCUUCACAGAAGGAUUCACCCAUCACCCACAGCUCCUGGACCCAGUCCCCAGUCCCUUGGAGCUCCAGGGAAGGAUUCACAGCUCCCAGACCCAGCCUGUGGUCCCUGGGAGCUCCACAGGAUUCACCCAUCACCUGCAGCUCCUGGAUCCAGCCCAUGGUCCCUAGGAGAUCCACAGAAGGAUUCCCCCAUCACCCACAAAUCCCAG